UAGAGCUGCUAUCAGUAUAAUUACCCAACAAGCUGCUAAAGAAAUUAAAUUAGAAAUAAAUAUUUAUUUAAAUAGUUUGAUCUCAUCUACUCUUAGAAAACAAGUUAAACCUUUAGAUAUUAUUAAAGAUAUUUCUGUAAAAAUUGCAGAAAUUAUUAUUUCUAUUUCUAUAGAAGUUGUACCAACAACUAUUUACUUUCUUAUUUUAGAAAAUGAUUGGUCUUGCAAGAUAGAAGCUAAAUAUGAUUAG